AACACACGCCCCGUGGUGAAGCUUCCACACCAGAGAGAGAGAGAACAAGAGAGUGAGAGAGACGGAUGACGGGAGAAGGGAAACAGGGGAACUCGAUUCAGAUAGGUGGUUUUUCUGAUUUGGAUCAAUCAGAAGUCGUGGUGGAAACAGAAUUUGGGAAUUCCGAGCCGAGGACUGAGAAACCGGUGGGAGAUCGCGGUGUCCUGCCGGUGUAGAAAGAAUUAUGAGAGGUCUUUGGGAGUGCAGACAAAACAUACAGCUAUUGUAACUAGCUGUUUGUACCGGUGGACAAAUGUCAAGCACGGCAGAUUGGGUCGGCGUGGAGCUCCGGAUUUGAGCGACAAUCAGGAAAGAACUAAACAAACAAACGGGAGUACACUCUCUGGUGUGGAUCAGGGAUCAAGUGUUGUUUUGGCAUGGCUUGUCAAUAUUAAAAUCUAGCAGUGUUCGUUUAUAAAAUAAUAAUAAUAAAAAUAAAAAAAGAUUUAAAAUGACCAGCAAUGUUAGUUUCGUCCUGUCCCUGGAUGUCUUUGUAGCGAAAUCGGAUUAGCCUCAAAACUAUUUGCUAGCAGCGAGCAGAAAACUAGCCAAGCUAGCUGCUAGGUGUUAGCUAAGUCGCUACUAGCUUAGCUGUUCGGUUUUUUGUUUGGUUGGUUUUUUUUUUGACUGAACUGUAAAUUCACAUACACGUAUUUUUUUAAAUUAAAUUAAAAUGAAGAAGUCGUUUUAGGUUGUCGUGGUCGCUUCGACGCUAGAACGCGUGUUGUUACAUUAAGAGCGUGUUUAGUUUUUUUUUUACCGGUUCCUUGAUGUUUAGCCUGUCUUUUAGCUAGCUAGGUUUGCUAGCCGGCAUCAGAGAAGCUUUUGUGGAGCACAUAGGCAGAGUGGCUCAGCUGGUCCAGGGGGGUAAGAAGAGGGGAAAGAAAGGGGGUCGUAGUGAAAGAGGGGAAGUUUCUUAGUUGUAUGAAAGGUAUGUUCGUGUCGGAGCUGUUUCUCUAACUGUUUAUUUAUUACAACAAUAGCCACUCAGUGUCAUAAUGGGAGAAUAAAGCAAUAUAUGGAGAUUUUUGUGUGUUUAGUUUUUUUCACUGGUGUGCCUUGCAAAAAACAACAAUCAAGGUUCAACAGAAAGAAGUUUGGGAUCAACUCACAUACAGGUCGAGUGUAAAUCUCUAGGUUCACAGAAAUGUCAUUGCUCCUUCAGGAAGGGUAGAAAGUGUUUUAACUUGUGCAUCUUUGACUUACAGUUUAGUUCUUCGCCUUAGAGAUCAAUGUUUAUUUAUUCAUGUCUAUGUGGCUUUUGGAUAUUUACAAGAAUCAUUAUUAGAAGUGGAAACACAUUCCGAAAAACAUGGACUAACUUUCCAUGACGAUGCCUAAAAGAUCUGAUCUGACUGGUUGAAGUAAAUGGAGGUAGUUUUAAUGUGUCUGUUGUCACCGUAAACAGGCCUCGAGGAAAAGAAAGAAGUGUGCUUCGCGUCGAGAGACUUUUUGCAAGUUGCUCCUUGCUGUGUUUUGAUUCACUUUGGUCCCCCUCCCCCAAGCUACAAGUUGCCCCAGUGGAAGUGCUCUUCCUCGCCCAUGCACUCAGCCCUGCACUCUGUGUGUCAGCUGUGUGAGCUGAGCUGUCCUGUCUGAGCUGCAACCGACUCAAAGGCUUCAGCUUUUUUUUUUUCCCCCACCCUCACCACCAGCCAAUGUGAUGGAACUGAUGUUUGCAGAGUGGGAAGACGGAGAAAGGUUCUCCUUCGAGGAUUCGGACCGCUUCGAGGAGGAUUCCCUUUGCUCUUUUAUCUCAGAGGCAGAAAGCCUGUGUCAGAACUGGAGAGGAUGGAGGAAACAGUCGGCCGGUCCAAACUCACCUACUGUUAAGAUUAAAGAUGGACAGGUCAUCCCUCUGGUAGAGCUGUCAGCUAAGCAAGUGGCGUUCCAUAUCCCGUUUGAGGUGGUCGAAAAAGUUUAUCCUCCUGUUCCUGAGCAACUUCAGCUGCGCAUUGCUUACUGGAGCUUUCCGGAAAAUGAGGAGGAUAUCAGGUUGUAUUCCUGCUUGGCCAAUGGGAGUCCUGAUGAGUUCCAGCGUGGAGAGCAGCUCUAUCGGGUGAGAGCUGUGAAAGAUCCCCUGCAGAUAGGAUUUCAUCUCAGUGCCACUGUCCUCUCACCUCAAGCUGGCCAGUCAAAGGGUGCCUACAAUGUGGCAGUCAUGUUCGACCGUUGCCGUAUCACUUCCUGCAGCUGCACCUGUGGAGCUGGGGCCAAAUGGUGUGCUCAUGUGGUGGCACUUUGCCUUUUCAGGAUACACAAUGCGUCUGCUGUGUGUUUGCGAGCCCCCGUGUCGGAGUCCCUGUCCAGACUGCAGAGGGACCAACUACAGAAGUUUGCACAGUAUCUUAUUAGUGAGCUUCCACAGCAGAUCUUACCCACAGCACAGCGUCUCUUAGAUGAACUUUUGUCCUCGCAGUCUACUGCGAUUAACACAGUGUGUGGAGCUCCAGACCCUACUGCUGGGCCUUCAGCUUCAGACCAAAGUACCUGGUACCUGGAUGAAUCCACUCUCAGUGACAACAUUAAGAAGACACUGCACAAGUUCUGUGGCCCUUCCCCUGUAGUGUUCAGUGAUGUGAACUCCAUGUAUCUUUCAUCCACUGAGCCCCCAGCUGCAGCAGAGUGGGCCUGCUUACUGAGACCACUGAGGGGCAGAGAGCCAGAGGGCAUCUGGAACCUCCUGUCCAUUGUUAGGGAGAUGUUUAAGAGGAGAGACAGCAAUGCUGCACCACUCUUGGAAAUCCUCACUGAACAGUGCCUCACCUAUGAGCAGAUCAUUGGUUGGUGGUACAGUGUGCGGACAUCGGCAUCUCACAGCAGUGCCAGUGGACAUACAGGUCGCAGUAAUGGGCAGACGGAAGUAGCUGCUCACGCCUGUGCUAGCAUGUGUGAUGAAAUGGUGGUGCUCUGGAGGCUGGCUGUGCUUGACCCCACUAUGAGCCCCCAGAGGCGCUUGGAGCUUGCUGCCCAACUCAAGCAGUGGCACCUCAAAGUGAUUGAGAUUGUGAAGCGGGGACAGCACCGCAAGUCUCUGGACAAACUCUUCCAGGGUUUCAAACCGGCUGUCGAGUCCUGUUACUUUAACUGGGAAGUGGCAUACCCUCUGCCUGGCAUUACCUACUGCAGUACAGACAAAAAGAGUGCUUCCUAUGGCUGGGCACGGACAGCGCAGCCACAGAGAGGUGCCAAAGCAGGGACGAGUGGGGAACCUCUGGAGCCUGGGGGAGGAGGGGGAGGUGGACGUGGUGGGGGAUCUGAAUCUGGAGCUCCUGAACACAAAUCACGCGGUAGCUCGCAACCACUCCCACAAGAGGUUGCAGUGCGGCCCAAAGAGACCAUUGUGAGCAAAAGAAAACCCAUGUCUGGGGUAAAUAGCGGAGGGAUGUUGGUGCGUUUAGGUGGGGGUAUGUCUCUGUCCAUAGAUGAAAACGCAAAGGGCACGUAUAAAACUUGCAGUUCCUCAAUGUCUACUAGCAGCAAAGGAAAGCUAACCCAGACUGGUAAGAGUUCAUGUGGAAGUUCAAGUGCUGCUGGUGGGAAGCAUCCAAGCGCUAAACGCCGCACUAGCAGCGAAGACAGCUCUUUGGAGCCUGAUAUGGCUGAGCUGAGCCUUGAUGAUGGCUCUAGUUUGGCAUUGGGAGCGGAGGCAAGCAACACAUUUGACUUCUUGCCUCCACCCCCUGAGAUGCUGCCUUCACCAAGCUCUCUGCUCAGAGAACCACGAAAGUACAACAGCAGUAGUAGUGGUGGUGGCGGCAACGCUAACAAGGAGCGUGCGUUUGAGGGUAAACGUGGCAUUCAUGCGGCAAUCCCAAUGGCAGCUGAAGACCCUCACUGCUUCGCCAAAGAAAGCCCAAUGGUUGCCUUGGCAGCGGCAGUGGAGAAAGAGGUAGAUGAGGAGGCAGAAAUCGAAGAAAAUGGAGGAGACGAAGAUCCAGUAGAGGACGCUCUACCGUCUAUAUCGGGUAUGGUCACCGCAAAACCCUCCCGAAGCCGAAGAGAGGGCGAAGGAAGCAACUCGGCAGAGACUCCUGGGCCGCAGAUCCCAGAGGCAGCAGCUGGUGGAGACCCAGUUGGCGAGGAUGAUUACCAGGCCUACUAUCUUAGUGCCGCCUCUGAGGAGGGAGCUGAGAGAGGAGUACCAGACAGCAACCUUGAGGAAGAACCAGACAUCUUCGCUGGAAUCAAACCUCUGGAGCAGGAAGGUCGGAUGGAGGUGCUGUUUGCCUGUGCGGAGGCACUGUAUGCUCAUGGAUACAGUAAUGAAGCUUGUCGUCUGGCUGUGGAUCUAGCAAGAGAUCUUCUCGCCAACCCUCCUGACCUCAAAGUUGAGCAACCACAGACAAAGGGUAAGAAGAGUAAGGUGUCGACCACCAGACAAACACAAGUGGCUACCAAAACUCUUUCCAAAGCAGCCUUCCUGCUCACUGUGCUGAGUGAGAGAUUGGAGUUUCAUAACCUAGCCUUCAGCACUGGAAUGUUCUCCUUGGAACUCCAGAGACCUCCAGCUUCCACAAAGGCCCUGGAGGUGAAGCUGGCAUAUCAAGAGUCAGAGGUGGUUGCUUUGCUAAAGAAGAUUCCUCUGGGUCUUGUAGAGAUGACUGCUAUAAGGGACAGAGCCGAGCAGUUACGUGACGGAAACUUCUGUGAUUAUCGUCCAGUUCUGCCCCUAAUGUUGGCCAGUUUCAUUUUUGACGUUUUGUGCACUCCAGUGGUCUCCCCUACGGGCUCGCGUCCUCCCAGUCGUAACCGUAACAACGAGAUGCCGGGCGAUGAGGAGCUGGGCUUUGAGGCCGCUGUUGCUGCUUUAGGUAUGAAGACUACGGUUAGUGAAGCAGAGCACCCGUUGUUGUGUGAGGGCACGAGGAGGGAGAAAGGAGACCUCGCUUUGGCUCUUAUGAUCACCUACAAGGAUGAUCAGAGCAAGCUGAAAAAGAUUUUGGACAAGCUUUUAGACCGUGAGAGUCAGACCCAUAAGCCCCAGACUCUCAGCUCAUUCUACUCAAGUAAGCCAGCCACAGGGAGCCAAAAGAGCCCAUCCAAACAUGCAGCUCAUGGAAACAGUGCUACAGGAGAUGGAGCUCAGUCGUCCUCGUGUGAGCAGCAGAACGAGGUGGCUUCUUUUAAGCCUGAGGGCACAGUGCCCAGCCGCUUGGCUCUGGGUGGCCGUGGAGCCUAUGGAUCACGCUGCUGGGGGUCACCUGUACGACAGAAAAAGAAGCACACGGGCAUGGCGAGCAUUGACAGCAGUGCUCCUGAGACCACCUCUGACAGCUCACCCACACUCAGUCGACGUCCUCUGAGGGGAGGAUGGGCGGCAUCUUCUUGGGGGAGGGGUCAAGACAGUGACAGCAUCAGCAGUUCGUCUUCUGAUUCGUUGGGAUCCUCUUCAUCCAGUGGGUCGCGCAGAGCUGGAGGAGGAGCCAGAGCCAAGAGCACUGAUACCAGCAGAUAUAAAGGGCGUCGACCUGAAUGCCACGCUCCACAUGUGCCCAACCAGCCGUCUGAGGCAGCAGCUCACUUUUACUUUGAACUGGCCAAGACUGUGCUGGUAAAAGCUGGAGGAAACAGCUCAACCUCCAUCUUUACUCAGCCCUCUGCCAGUGGGGGCCACCAGGGGCCUCACCGCAACCUGCACCUGUGUGCCUUUGAGAUCGGCCUGUAUGCCUUAGGUCUGCACAAUUUUGUGUCUCCCAACUGGCUGUCUAGGACAUACUCAUCUCAUGUGUCCUGGAUCACAGGGCAAGCCAUGGAGAUUGGUAGUGCUGCCCUUAAUAUUCUUGUGGAGUGUUGGGAUGGUCAUCUCACCCCUCCUGAAGUGGCAUCGCUGGCAGACCGUGCAUCACGGGCCCGAGACCCCAACAUGGUACGAGCUGCAGCUGAACUCGCACUGAGCUGUCUACCUCACGCUCAUGCCCUGAACCCCAAUGAAAUCCAGAGGGCACUGGUGCAGUGCAAAGAGCAGGAUAACUUGAUGCUGGAGAAGGCGUGCAUGGCAGUAGAGGAGGCGGCAAAGGGAGGAGGUGUGUACCCUGAAGUAUUGUUUGAGGUGGCCCAUCAGUGGUACUGGCUGUAUGAGCAGACAGUGGGUGGAGUCUCUGCAGCGCAGAGGGAGGGGCCAAGCCGAUGCGGGGCAAAUGGUGGCUCGGGUCGGAGACCCCAAGAAGGGAACUGCGUGUUGGACAGCUCCAUGGCCAUGGACUCUGCCGCUGUAGCAGCUGUUACUGCGUCGGUCAGCGCGGCUGCUGUUGUGCCCGUCAUAUCGGUUGGGUCCACCCUCUACCAGUCACACACACUGCCUGGCACAGCUAUGGCACACACACCAGGUUUGCAUCCCUAUACCACUAUCCAAGCCCAUCUGCCUACUGUCUGCACCCAGCAGUACCUGGGCCAUCAAAUCCAGCAUGUACCCCGACCUGCCGUCUUCCCCGUGUCCAGUUCUGCGUAUCCACAGGGAAUGCAUCCUGCCUUUAUUGGUGCGCAGUACCCUUUUUCUGUAACCUCCGGGCCUCAUCCCCCCAUGGCAGCAACUGCAGUAACCUUUCCCGGAGUCCCCGUACCGUCCAUGACCCAGAUUGCUGUCCACCCCUACCAUACCGCCGAGGCGGGGCUACCCCUCAGUACUACUGUGGCAGUCGGUGGGGUUCACGCAGGCUCAACCAUCCAGGCCAUUCAGGGGACAUCUCUUCCCGGCCUUUCUUCUCAGCCACCUUCAUUGGUCAGUGCGACAUUCCCUGUGGAAGAUGAGCAGCACAGUCAGCCCGUCAGCCAGCAGGGGCUGCACUACCUGCACUCAGCCUACAGAGUUGGUAUGCUGGCCCUGGAGAUGCUGGGAAGGAGAGCUCACAACGACCAUCCUAACAACUUCUCCCGCAGUCCCCCGUACACAGAGGACGUGAAAUGGCUGCUAGGUCUCGCUGCACGGCUCGGUGUGAAUUACGUCUAUCAGUUCUGUGUGGGGGCUGCCAAAGGUGUGCUGAGUCCAUUCGUGCUGCAGGAGAUCAUUAUGGAGGCUCUGCAGAGACUGAAUCCUGCACACAUUCACGCUCACCUCCGCACCCCAGCCUUCCACCAACUCGUGCAGCGCUGCCAGCAAGCCUACCUACAGUACAUCAACUAUCGCCUGAUUCACCUGACCCCGGCAGACUACGACGACUUUGUAAACAUAAUCCGGAGUGCCCGCGGGGCAUUCUGUCUCACCCCGAUGGGCAUGAUGCAGUUCAACGAUGUCCUGCAGACCCUGAAGAGGGGGAAGCAGACCAAGGAGCUGUGGCAGCGAAUCUCGCUGGAGAUGGCGACGUUUUCACCAUGAGGGCUUCACACACCAGCGAGCACUAACUGUCUGAACUGCGGCUCGCCCAAGAGCUCAGCCCGUGCUUCGUGUGAGCCACAGCGCCCCCUUAAAGACUCCAGAUUCAUAACUGGCAGCACAAUCAGUCCUCCUCUUGCUCCUGUAUCACACCAGGAUGUGCAAUCUCAUGGAGUUUCUGAGACAUGGGAAUUACUCGUGUCCAAACGAUUCUUCCCCUUUUAUCGAACUUCUUGUCGUGUCUGAUUCAUUAUUUCUUUUUUUUUUUUGUGUGUGUGUGACGUUAAGUAACUUAUGACUAGUGUUUUAUCUUAAUCUGUCUUUUUCCUCUUUUCACUAUGUUGAUGUCUGCUUCACUGAGUUUUAGUUGUAUGGUUAUUGAAAUACAAUGUAUUUUUUUUCCCCUUC